AUGCACUUUUCAACAAUUAUUUCUGCUUCCGCCUUUGCCGGUCUGGCGACUGCUUCUCCGUCGUUCUUUCGAAGAAAUCCUCCUGCCGAGGAGGCUGCACCUGUGGCAUGCGAGCCAGUCACUGUUCAUGAGACAGUCCAUGAGACUGUGCACGUGACGAUACCUGGGGAGGUAGUCCAUGAGACGGUUCACGAGACUGUUCAUGUGACUGAGGUUGUGCACCAAACCGAGACGGUGCAUGCGACCGUGACGGAGGUUCAGCAUGUGCCUGUUGAGAAACCAAUCACAGUUAUCGAGACUUCAAUCGUCCACCAAGAAGUCGAGAAGCCCGUUACAGUCAUCGAGACAGUUCACCAAACGAUCGAGCAACCCGUGACCGUGGUUGAGACUUCUGUUGUUCACCAGACAAUUGAGCAGCCUGUUACAGUCAUUCACACCCAGCCCGUCGAAGUCGAGGUCGAAAAGCCAGUCACAGUUGUUGAAACAGUCCACCAAACGAUUGAACAACCAGUUACAGUUGUCGAGACAUCUGUAGUACACCAGACCAUCGAGCAGCCCGUUACAGUCAUCCAUACCCAACCAGUCGAAGUUGAGAAGCCUGUUACAGUGGUCGAAACUUCAGUUGUUCAUCAGACCAUUGAGCAGCCAGUCACUGUCGUUCACACCGUACCAGUCGAGGUUGAGAAACCUGUGACAGUCGUUGAGACUUCUGUCGUGCACCAGACAAUUGAGCAACCUGUGACCGUCAUCCAUACACAGCCCGUGGAGGUCGAGAAGCUCGUCACAGUGAUCCACACCCAGCCAGUCGAGGUGCCAGUUCAGGUACCAGUUACAGUCAUUCACACUCAACCUGUUGAAGUACCCGUUGAGAAGCCCGUGACUGUCAUUCAUACAUCCGUGGUUGAGAACACAGUUGUCCACACUUCAGUGGUUGAAGUCGAGAAGCCUGUCAACGUUGAGGUACCCGUCACAGUGGUGCAUACUCAAGUCGUUGAGAAGCCCGUUCAGCAGAUCCAUACUGUUGAGGUUGAGAAGCCCGUUGAGGUUGUUCACACUGUCGAGGUCGAGAAGCCAGUUCAUGUCACUGUCAUCCAGACAGUCACAGAGCACGUCGCUGCUCAACCUACCGCUCAUCCUGUUGAGGCUCCGCAAGAACAUCCCGUUGUCGUCAUUGAGCAGCCUGAGCAUGAAGCACCAGCCCAUGAAGCACCACCGCACGAGACAGUUGUCGUGGAGGUCCCUGAACACAAACCAGCAGAAGAGGUUGCAGCGCCUCACGAGACUGUCGUAGCUGAGCAUCCCGCAGCGCCUCCAGCUCACGAAACACCAGUUGUUGUCGAACACCCCGCUGCACCGGCACCAGCGCCACCAGCUCAUGAGACGCCCGUCGUCGUUGAGCACCCAGCAGCACCAGUCGCGACAAUGGGCCACGAAGCACCUGCUGCCGAACACCCUGCUGCGCCAAUAGCAACAAUGGCUCACGAGGUUCCUGCAGCUGAGCAUCCCACUGCACCUCAGCCUGCGGAACCUCAUGAGGGUGCAGGCGAGAUGCCCAUCGCUGAAGCAGAAGCCCUACAGCAUCCUGACAUCCCUGUUCUACUACCCUCUGGUGGAGUGUCGGGUAAGAAUACUACAGUAGCGCCUACAUAUCCGGGACGUCGCGCUAUUGUUCGCCGGUGGUGA